AGGUCAAGAGUGAGCCUACUGCUGUUUUCGAUUUCUAGCUCUCUAGGAAAUAUUCAAACACGAUCCUUGCAUUAUAUAUUGGUUUUCUAGCCAUCUUUUCAUCAUAGCUAAUUAAUUUCUUAUCGCCCAACCCGAGUUGAAGGGUUUGGGCAGCAUUCCCCCAAAUCUUUUCUUUCAGAAAAUGAUAACUUACCGAUGUGAAUAUGCUUCUCUGACUCAUCACAACAUGCCUUCCUUCAGUAGCUCCGGUACUUUCAAGAUAUUUGUUGGAAACUUGGCUGACUCAACAACUGCAGCCGAACUGAGACCUCUCUUUGAGAAGUAUGGCAAAGUUGUUGAAUGUGAUGUUGUCAAAAACUAUGGAUUUGUGCACAUGGAAACAGAGGAACAGGGCCGGGACGCAAUAACAAAUCUUAAUGGAUUCAUGCUGGAUAACAGUGCCAUGAAAGUGGAAGCAGCUACAAGUAGGAAAGGUCCACACACUGCAACAACCAAGAUAUUUGUUGGGAACCUCACGGACAAUACCAAAGCUCCAGAGAUACGAGAACUGUUCACCAAGUUUGGCACUGUCGUGGAAUGCGACAUUGUUCGAAACUAUGGUUUUGUUCACAUGGAUGCAACUGACAAUGUAAAUGAAGCUGUUCGUGAAUUGAAUGGGACUUUGGUUGAUGGCCAGCCAAUGAAAGUUCAAAUCUCCACAAGCCGUGUCCGUCAACGACCGGGCAUGGGAGACUCUGAAAUGUGUUACAGAUGUGGGCGUGGUGGUCAUUGGUCCAAAGAAUGCACCAAGGGGGGUGCUGGUGCCAGCAGUGGCUACCAAGGCGGACCUGCAUUUGGUCGGGACCACUACCCCCCACCACCCCCUCCUCCAGCAUUCUUCCGAGACAGAAUGUUCCGGGAUGGCGGGCUUUAUGAAGGGAUGUACGAGCGGCGCGCCUAUGAAAGUGAUCUGUAUGAGAGAAGGUAUGCCAUGCCUCCCCUCCCUCGCGGUCGAGAAUAUCCCCCAAUGCCACCAGGUCUCCGAGGCGCAAGGGAUGCUUUCCCUCCUGCACCACUGCGCAGUCCCUCAUCAGAAUUCGACCGUGGGUAUGAUGUUUUCACCAGACGUUCUCCUCCUAGUGCAGCAGCAGCCGCAGCUCGCUACAGCGCCGCGUCCCCCACCGCGCGACGGUACGCCCCCUAUUAGUCCGGAUCGGCAACCGGAGCAUUCGGCACUCGGCACGGCGUCGGGAACGGAACGGAUCGGCUCGGCUCGGCGCGUUUCCCCCGCAACGACUUACGACGUGACGCUCCGGUCUCUUCUCGUCUCGAUCGGAUCGGAUCGGCCCGGUCAGGUCAAUCGGAACCAAUCGGACCGUCGCGGCGGCUCGAUACGACACGACUCGACUUCCGACUCUGCGCGAGGCGAAGCAAAGCGCGAAGCAAAGCAUUGCAAAGCGAGGCGAAGGCGAACCCGAACGCGCACUGCACUGCACUGCGACCCUCUCGCGAGCGCGAGGCGUGCGAUGCGACGGUCUCUCUAGAAAGAAUCGGCCGCGGAGCCUCUGAACUUAGAUCAGACCGGGAGGCCGCGUCGGGUGGACGUGGACGUGACGGACGCACCACGUUCGGUGUGGCUGGAUCGCAGCGAGAUCGGUGUCGGUGCGACUCGACUCUACCAGAGUCCUAGACUCUACUCUACUAAGAGUCCUAGACUCGACUCGGAUGACGAGAGCGGAGAAUGGGAGAAACGCAGAGGGAACCCGCGACGGCCUCGUCUCGUCUCGUCUUCUCGCGACGGUUCAAGAGGAUGAGACGCACGCGACACGGUUCUGGCUGACUGAAUAGACGCUUGUGUUCUUGUGUGUACUUUUGAGUUCUGGUUUGCAUCUGUUUCCCUCUGAUAAUUUUUUGUUAUCGUCUGUUUGUUUUUUUUUGUUUUGUUUUUACCAGCUACCUCGAUUUUGUGUAUCAGUCGGGUUACUGGUAGCCGUGGAGUAGUGUGUGCCAUCUGCAGAGAAAAUUUAAAACUAGAAAGAUAAUCGCCUGAAAUCGCCCCCCUUUUUGAGUCUCCUUCAGAGUUCGGGAAGUGUGUCAACCGUCACCGUCUGUCUAGAACAUAAAAAGAAAGUUGUUUAUUUAUCUUAUAACGUAAACACUCUGUAUUUAAGAGUUAUUUUUGUUUUAUUAAUUUUAUUUCUAUUAUUGACUUAUGCUUCUUUUGCUGUGAUCGUUUUUCUGCAACCCAUCAAGUGGGCUUUUUCUUUUUCCUUUUUUCAUGGAUUAAAUUGACUACUUUAGGGUGUAUCAAUGUACAUAAUUUUAGAUCACUCUAAGAUCUCCUGUUCUAAUAGUUAGUAAUGGCAGCCCCUAUGCCAUGAGUUUAAAUAUUUCUAAAGGAUCAUAAUUGUGGUGUAAAUUUGAUUUGUCAAGGCAAAGUAUUUGUUGUACGUAAACUUUAUAUGCACCUUGCAAUAGUUGAUAAAAGUUAUCUUGAAUUCUUUCUGUCCUUAGUUUCCUUUCAUUCAUUUCUGUCUAGUUUAGGUGAAAUUUAUGAGCACGUGUUAAAGGACUUUUGGUGUCCACUCGAGUGUAAUAAUUCUGCUGAAAUUGCCAAAAGCAUUUCUGUUCUUUAAAGCAUGCACUUAAGCGACAUUUAGAUUAAUGGGCUUUGUUUUUUUUCCCCAUACCCCUCAUUGCCUCUUUCAAUGCAGCACAAGUGAGCACUUGCUCAACUCACUGCUUCUGUCCUUAGGUGGAGGAAGGAAUUCUGCAACUGCUAAUGAUAUUUUUUUUAGCAAGUUGUUUUGCUUUGAGCAAGUAAUAGUUCAAACUAAGCGUUCACAAGGUUUUAUUAACCAUCCCUUUCUCUAUAGGAUUUGUUUUUCACUGCUUUCUAGGUCAUUUGCUCUUAUUUUAGCUUUAAUUGGUGGAGCCAUAUCUUCUUAUCCAGCGUAUUACUGUGGAAACCAGGAUUUAAGAAAAAUAAAAAAUAUAAAACUUGACA